UAAUUGUAAAUAAUGAAUGCUUUGUUAACCAAUAGGCUCUCAACCAAACCCUUCCGAUACUUAAACCAAACUUUAACUUCGAUGAAAGCCGUAUAUCGAUGUCAUGGAUCGGUCACUCGACGGCUGUCAUCCAUUUCGAUGGCAUCACUUUAUUAACGGAUCCGAUAUUCAGUUUGAGAGCAUCGAUGUCUCAACUGAUAGGUCCGGCCAGAUAUAGGAAGGCGGCCGCCACUGUCGCUGAGCUGCCAAAGAUAGACGCCGUAGUGAUCAGUCAUAACCAUUACGACCAUUUGGAUGCGGGAAGUGUUGAGGCAUUGAAUGCUCGCUUCGGUUCAGAUCUUUAUUGGUUAGUGCCGUCCGGACUCAAAGAGUGGAUGAAAGACGUGGGCGUCACUCACAACGUAAUAGAGCUCGAGUGGUGGCAAAGCACUUGUAUACCAUCGAAGCCCGACAUUCAAUUCAUCCUAACGCCAGCCCAACACUGGACCCGAAGGAGUCUAUCCGAUGAGCGGAAGGUUCUGUGGGGCAGUUGGACUGUCGUCGGACCCAAACAUCGCUUCUUUUUCGCUGGCGAUACCGGAUAUUGUUCUGUAUUCAAACAAAUCGGACAAAUGUACGGUCCGUUUGAUUUGUCUGCCAUUCCGAUCGGCGCCUAUGAGCCCCGAUGGCUUAUGGAGCCCCAACACGUAGACCCCGAACAAGCCGUACAAAUACAUGAAGACAUAAGGAGUAAAUUGAGUGUUGGAAUACAUUGGGGAACAUUUGCUUUGGCUCAUGAGUACUAUUUAGAGCCACCGAUGAAACUGAAAACUUCGUUAAAGGAACACAAUUUGGAUGAAAAUGAAUUCAUAGUUAUAUCUCACGGCGAAACCAAAAGUGUAUGAUUUGGGAAAUACUAUAAAAUACUCGGCAAUAAAGGAUAGACGCAAACGAAUUUAUUUAUAUAUUUAAUAUUUUUUUAUAAAACAAAGCU